AUGGGCGAUAUGGAGCAGCUAUCAUCCAAGGUCCACAAACUGAAACAUAGGCUAGCAGAAACCAGCAUGGAGGUUCGUGAAGUCAAGGAAGAUGUCCGGGUGCUGCGAUGCCUACUGGAAGCAUUCCUCUCCAACAAAGAAAGGAGUUCUGAGGGAAUCGCCAACACAAACAGUCAUCGUCCGGACUGGGCAGAGGCAUCCAGCGAACAGCAAAUCGCUGCCCCGACAACCGCAGUUAUUCCCAAGUAUAGUCGUUUGGAGUUUUCCUCAUACAGUGGCAGCGACGACCCACUGGGAUGGUUGUACCGCUGCGAGCAAUUCUUUCAUAAUCAGCGCACGAAGGAUGAAACUGUAAAGUCUCCUCCUUUGGUCGGGGACAAUGUCAUGAACAUUAUACCUGCAGGAUGCACUCCUUGGUCGAAGACAGGUGGACUUGGCGAUGUUGCUGGGGCUUUACCGAAGGCUUUGGCUCGGCGUGGACAUAGAGUUAUGGUUGGGUCACCACGGUAUGGUAACUAUGCAGAAGUCCAAGAAAUAGGAGUGCGCAAGAGAUAUAAGGUGGAUGGGCAAGAUAGGGAGGUAACUUUCUUUCAAGCUUAUAUUGAUGGCAUGGAUUUUGUGUUCAUGGGCAGCCCUAUGUUUCGCAAUAUUAAGAAAAAUAUAUAUGGGGGAGGCCAAGAGGAUAUUUUAAAACGCAUGGUUCUCUUCUGUAAGGUUGCUCUUGAGGUUCUCUUCUGUAAGUAUACCCGGUGUGUUCUUGUGAUCCACAACACAGCACACCAGGGUCGGGAUCCAGUAAGCGAUUUUCGUUAUGUGGAUCUCCCACAAAACUACAUAGAUCAUUUCAAACUACAUGACCUAGGAGGUGGGAAACACUUCAAUAUCUUUGGAGUUGGCCUGAAAGCAGCAGAUAGUGUAGUCACUGUAUGCCAUGGUUAUGCUUGGGAGCUGAAAACUAAAGAAGGUGACUGGGGUCGGCAUCAAAUAAUAAAUGAGUGCGAUUGGAAGCUGAAGGGCAUCGUGCAUGGGAUUGAUGCAAAAGAAUGGAACCCACAGUUGGAUGUUUACCUAGCAUCUAAUAGCGACACCAAUUACUCGGUGGAGACUCUUCAGACUGGCAAGCCUCAAUGCAAAGCAGCUCUACAAAGGGAGCUUGGUCUUCCUCUUCGAGAGAACCUCAUACGUGAUCUCAACACUGACGUUGAAGACUUUGUGGUGAAGAAGCGACCAAGGGUCCGCCACUAUUUAUAG